UACACAUGUUCUCUCUCUCACACACUUACACAUGCUCUCUCACACACACACACUUUCAAAAGAUCAUUCCCUCAGAUGCACUUUGAACACACACAUUUUUUCUGGGGUAGGGGGGGGUUCUACAAGCAUUUGUGUUGGUAGUUGUUUUUGUUUCCCAGAAGUGUUGGUAGAUUUUUAACUCAGUCCACACAGUUUCCUGAUUUUUGUUGUGCACCUGCAUUUGCUGUGAGCAUCCAUCACCAUUGCAAUGUAUCUUCUUCUGCUGUUUGUGCUACUGGGUUCUGCUUCCUGCACGCUGUUUCAUGCCGAUCUCAACAUGGGCGGGGUCAGAGGCUGGGUUCGGUUCGACUCCGAAGCUCGGACGGCCACCGUUAACGUCGUUGGCGCCGGAACGUGCGGCUCGAUAAACGUCACCCUCAGUUCCUUCCCGGUCAUGUUCGGCCAUUUUGUCCAGCCUUGUCAGGAGCGUCAAGUGGGCCCGAGAGUUUUCACGUUCUCUUCGAGCACCACGUCAAACGCCACCGUUAACGUGUCCCCUCUGUUUGAGCGAGACACCAUCCUAGAUGACCUUUCGUUGACCCUGGAGACGUGUAACGGCGCCAAAGCCUGCACGGUCAUACGGCGAGGAGGACAGACCAUCUUGACAAGGCAAGCUAGGUUCUACGGUUCAGUCGCCGGUAACGUUUACAUCAGGCAAAACGGGGGUACCAAACGAGUCCCAAAUUAGGGUCCUUUCAGACUUGGCCACCAUUGGUCAGGUCAACGCAACAAAGACCAACGUUAGUGCAUUCGCAUACCAGAACCGUGCCACCAGCUGCGACGAUCUGCUCGGAAACCUGGACGUCUACGCCUUGAGUACCCUCGGAGAACUGAGUGUCGGAACCCCUCUAGAACCUGUCAAGUCUCGUUUGGACCUCACCUUCUUCGGCUCCGACUUCCUCAUCCUCAAAAUCGGCUCCGCCUACCGAUGCGCUGAGUUUCUGACUGUGGAGAAGAAGGAAGUGCACGUAUUAGUGGACAUGAGAGGGGUCAUAGGUUAUUUCAGCUUCCGCCAGGCUUCUCCCUUCGACGUGACGGAGGUGAGAGCGAACCUGUCGGGCCUGCAGAGUCGCGUGGGUCCCUACCACGUGCACCAGUUCCCGCUUCCUCAAACCCAGUCGCCACCGCAGAGCAUGUGCUCCAACGACAACGUCGGAGGCCAUUGGAACCCGUUUGCGGUGAACACCACGGACCCCGGCUACCCCAAGGUGCCCGGCUCGACCCACGACCGCUACGAGGUCGGCGACCUCAGCUCCAGGCACGGCUCGCUGGAGGGACGCGGCGAGAUCGACGCCAUCUUUUACGACUUUAACCUGCCCCUGUUUGGACGGAACAGCAUCGUGGGGCGCUCGGCGGUCAUCCACGAGCCGAGCGGGGCGCGGUUCGUCUGCGGGAGCGUCGGGUACCCCGGCGACGUGGUCGUCGCCACGGCGACGUUCCGGAGCCCCGUGGUGGGCACCGUCCAGCUGACUCAGCUGAGGGGCAACCCUCUCUCCGACGUGACGCUGUUCAUGGAUCUCGCGUACGGGCGGCCCUCCACCGCCCCCACGGCCAAUCACAACUGGCACAUCCACACUUACCCAAUCAGCACGGCUCGCGACACGGACGAGGGGCGGUGCGAGAGCACGGGGGGACACUGGAACCCGUACGACGUCUCCACGACCGACCCGAGCUACGCCCUCCACUGCGGCCCCACGAGCCCCUUCGCCUGCGAGAUGGGCGACUAUUCCCGAAAGCACACCACCCUCAACUUGGGCACUCAGCUGGGCACAGUCGGCGGGAAGCUGUUCCUCACCGACACCACUUCCUGGGUGUCCAUGUCAGGCUCGUUGGUCAUCCACGGCCCCGCCAUGGCCGCCAACCGGAUCGCGUGUGCCAACGUCACGACCCUCCGUAAACCCGCGGCGAGGACCGGCCCGUGGUUCGGCCUUCCCAAGGCCGCCGGUGGCCAAAUCCGGUUCUCCCGGUUGGUUCCUCAGGGGCCCACGGUCGUCAGCGUCUCCCUGUCGGGCCUCGCCGCCAGAGCGGGGGGCUACCACGUCCACAAGCUACCCAUAAUGCAAAGCAUCUCCGCCUUGCCCUGCUCCGACGCCAACGUCAUGGGUCACUUCAACCCGUUCUCGGUUGACAUCUCUGCCUCGCCCACCCCCGGAACUGGCACAGUGGACCAAUACGAGAUAGGGGACAUCAGUGGGAAGUUUGGCUUGCUGACCGGUCUCAACCAGCUGCAGAGUCUGUACAUGGAUGGGAAUCUGCCGGUGACUGGACCUAACAGCAUCGUCGGGAGGUCGCUGGUGAUCCACUACGCCAACGGAUCCAGGAUGCAGUGUGCAGACAUCACACCUGACAACGCAACGGGCGGACACUGGGUCCAUGCCAAAGCUGACUUUGUCAACACACUGAAUGGGACAGUUAAGUUGUCCCAGCAGACGUUUGAUGAUGGGAGCUACAGUGAUGUGACACUGGAGGUUGACAUCCGCUUGUCACGGAUAAACAACGUCUCCACUGCUUUCUGGUCCAUCCUAGACCGUCACUGUAGCCCUGAAGGAACCAUUUACAACCCCUUCAACAUGGAGCCCUCGAGUUCCAGCUGUUCCCGUGACAACGCCCUGUCCUGUGAGGUGGGAGACCUGACGUCUCGCCAGGGGAAGGUCAGCCUGGUGGAGAGGCAGCUGCACACCGACUCCAGCCUGCAACUGGCCGGAGACCAUACAGUGGUCUACAGGUCCCUGGUCCUCUGGAACCCGCCGGAAGUACUGGCAUGCGCCAACAUUCUCCCAGCAUCCCCUUCUGCAGAUCAGUUCUUCCCUAACGUGACGUCCUUCAAUAGGUAUGACUUCCGUAAGAGGGUGUCGGAGGUUCUGGAGGUGAGCAUGUCCAGAGUCACCAUCCUAUCUGGAUCACCUCGGACCAGCAGAGACUGCCAACAAGUCAGCUUCAUGGUCGCAGGUGAGGUGGCAGCAGAGAAGUUACACGCCGUCAAAGACAGCAACAAGAUGGGAGUGUACAAACAGACUUCAGCCUGUUCUGGGAGUGGAGUACUGAAACCCUGCAGGUGUGCUGUGGUAUGGAUGACAGCUGCAACCUUCAUCUUACGGUCCCUGACUCAGCUGUAACACACUCCCCUAAACCUCCUCUGUCCUCCGUCACAGAGAACACUCUGACUCACAAUGUGUGGCGGGAUUUUUACCUCAACUUAACUGAAGUGUCAGUCAUAAUAAUAACAGUGAUAAUAAUUGCCUUUAAUCAGACUCAAUCAUGAUUUUAUAUAUGGACAGCAAAUCGCCUGUUUAUAGAUUUGUUUAUUUGUGUGUUUUUAGAUUAGUUGUUAAAGAUGGUUAUUGAAUUUUGAAUAUAUAUGUAAAUAUAUAUUCGUGGGAUUUGUGGGGGACAGUAUGUCUAGUCUAUGACAUUGCACAUUGUUAUUUUCUGCCAAAUAUCUUUCCGUGCUCUGUAAACUCAGUAUGUAAAUCGGGCAAUUUUUACGUAAUAUUGUAUAUACAUUUUUUUUUUAAUUGAUUUGGAUGAAUGCUAUGUUCCCAUUUCAGCAGUUCAUUUUAAAGUCAUAAUGUGUGUUAAAAUAUAAGUAAAAUAUAAACAAAACGGUAUGGUCGUAUGCUCUUUGAUUUGACGUGAUGGACAAAUCACUGGAAUUGUUGCUUCCGAUUA